CCAUGACGACUCCAAAGCUGAAGUGCCGCCAUUUUGUCAACCUAGGAAGUUCUGAUUCCCUCCUCAAGUAAAAGGCGUUUUCACGUCUUAAAGAGGCACCAUGCCGGUUGCAGCGAAACCGGCGCUUAAGAAGCCGGCAGACACCAUGUCUAGCCAGGGCAUCGCCAGCAAGAAAGCAAGCAAGGGAGGGAAAGGCAAGACUCCCAGGGGAAAGGACAUGGAUGACAUGUCAGAGAUGGGGGAGGUGGGAGAUGAAUGGAUGCAGCAAAAAACAAUGGUGAAGCCAGACGACCAGUUAGAACUGACAGAGCAGGAAUUGAAGGAAGAAUUCACCCGUAUCCUGACAGCCAAUAAUCCACAUGCACCACAGAAUAUUGUCAGGUUUAGUUUCAAGGAAAAGGUGUUUAAGCAGGUAGCCAGUGUUGACCAGCUAGCGAUCCAUUUCUCCCUGGAUGGAAACAUGCUGCACAAAGACUCUGAUGAGGCCAGGAGGCAGAUGGCUCGAGGUGGUCUCGCUGAAGCUCCCAGUGAGCCAACAGUGGCUGAGGGAGAGGAGAAGGCUGGAGAGGCAGCAGCAGAAGGUGGAGAGGGGGAGGCAAAACCUGAGGGUGAGGGAGGUGAGGCAGAGAAAGAGGAAGGUGCAACUCAGACGGCACCUGCUGCAAAGGGAGGGGACACCAAGAAACUCACCAACCAGUUCAACUUCAGUGAGAGGGCAUCUCAGACCUUCAACAAUCCUUACAGGGAGAGAGGCACGCAGACUGAGCCCCCACCUCGCGUGAACUUCUCCUCCACAGCCAACCAGUGGGAGAUCUACGAUGCUUACGUGGAGGACAUCCAACGUCAGGAGAAGUCCAAGGAGAAGAAGGGCUUCCGUGGACAGCAAGAGAGCACCAGCAGGAAGAAGAUCUCAGCUAUCGAGAGCCAGGGAGAUGACAUAUCAAGAAUCGAGAAGCCUGCCAAGAUUCUGGAAAGGAUGGUGAACCAAAACACCUAUGAUGACAUUGCACAAGACUUUAAGUACUGGGAAGAUGUGUCUGAUGAGUACAGGGAACAGGAGGGAACCUUACUGCCUCUGUGGAAGUUCAGCUAUGAGAAGUCCAAGAGACUUGCCGUCACCUCCCUCUGCUGGGAUCCCAAGUACAAAGACCUGUUGGCUGUAGGUCAUGGCUCAUAUGACUUCCUGAAGCAGACCCGUGGUCUGAUCUGUCUGUACUCCUUGAAGAACCCGUCCUUCCCAGAGUUCAUCUACAACACGGAGACAGGCGUGAUGUGCCUGGACAUCCACCCGGCCUACCCUCACCUGGUGGCUGUGGGGUUCUAUGACGGCAGUGUGGGGGUCUUCAACCUAACGGAGAAGCUACAGGAGCCCAUGUACAAGUGUACGGCUAAGGGAGGGAAACAUACAGACCCUGUUUGGCAGGUCAAGUGGCAGAAGGAUGACUUGGACAACAACAUGAACUUUUUCUCCAUCGGAGGAGAUGGCAGGGUGGUCUCCUGGACUCUGGUCAAGAACGAGCUGCUGUGCACAGAUGUCAUCCUGCUGAAACUGGACGAGUCACCUGCUGACGGAGGUGAAGGUACCCAGCUUUUCACUCUGGGUUGCGGCACAGCCUUUGACUUCCACAAACAGACAGAUUACCUGUUCCUGGUGGGGACAGAGGAAGGUAAAAUCCACAAGUGCUCCAAGGCCUACUCCAGCCAGUUCCUGGACACCUUCAACGCCCACAACAUGGCGGUGCAGUCUGUCCGCUGGAACACCUUCCACCCUAAAAUCUUCAUCUCCUGCAGCGCAGACUGGACAGUCAAGAUCUGGGAGCACACCUCCAACAUGCCACUGUUCACCUUUGACUUGGGCAGUUCUGUGGGUGAUGUGGCCUGGGCUCCCUACUCCUCCACAGUGUUUGCUGCAGUCACCUCUGAUGGCAAGGUCCAUGUCUUUGACCUGAAUGUGAACAAGUAUGAGGCCCUGUGUGAGCAGGUUGUUGUGACCAAGAAGAAAACAAAGUUGACUCACAUCGAGUUCAACCCCAACUACCCCAUGAUCAUUGUUGGAGAUGACAGGGGCUAUGUUACAAGUUUGAAGCUUUCGCCCAACCUUAGGAAGAUGCCAAAGGAGAAGAAAGGUGUGGAGGCAGCAAAGGGACCUGAAGUUGAGAUUGCGAAGAUGGACAAGCUGCUCUCGCUGGUGCGUGAGCCUCCUCCUGAGAAGAAGUAACAUGUUGGAGAGGGUCGGCUUCAUCAGGAACAAGCUGGGACAUUCUCUUCCAAGACAUAUUUUCUUCACUGUACAGCCUACAAUUGUUACAUACUAUACUAUACUCAAUGAGUGACUACAUUUGAUAGAUUCCAAAUAAAGCCUAGUAGCUUGUGGAAUUUGUAGGCGGAAUUCUACUAUCAUACAUUUGAAAAAGGGGUUAAACUUUACAGAAGCAACACAAGAAUGAAUUGGGACCCAAAAGUUUUGGCUGAAACGCACCAACCUAACCCAAUGAAUUCCUGUGUUGGUUCCGUUAAAGUUCAGUCCAUUGUUUAUAAUGUCAUUUACCAACUCAGAUGAACUGCCUUGAUGGUACUCUUAGACUAAUACAUUGUACUUAUUAUAUUUAAUUGCCUUUUGUCCUUGGAGUGGUCAUUAGCAAGUUCUACUUAUGGGUCUGUUUUGUUAGAAUUCAUUUGUUUAUUAUUUAGUCAACAUUUUGUUAUAGUGACUCGACUCUCCAAGAGGUCUGUAUACAUACACAUGUACAUGUAUAUGUACCUGGUCUUCCUUGACUGCUGUUACUAUGAGAAAGGUUGAAUCUCUACUGAGGACAACCUCUGCCAAAUGUAUAAGCAUCAUUUCUAAACACGGAUCUUCUAUUUGACUGUGACAUACAAUGUAUUUUCAUUUUGCUAUUAGUGUAAAAAGUGUUACAUAUUGCAUGCAGUUUGGAGACAUUUAAAUUGGGUUUUCACAGCUAGGUGUUGAAGCAAAAUGCCCUCUUUGUUGUCAGUAAGUGAUGUAUUGCUGCUUGCUGUGAAUAGUACAUACUAUUUCUCUUCUUCAGCUCCAUGCUUACUUUGCUUGAGGGGAAUUGUAAAAUAUUAUGAAGUAUACAUGAUGUACUGUAUAUGGCAACUAUGACAAAUUUUAAUCUUUAGAUGUUUUGUGACAUUUUUGUACAUACUGGUAUCUGAGCCCAACCUUUCUGGACGUCUUGGACCCACAUUUUCUGGAUAUAUUAACUUCACUAUUAUUAUAUUUGCAUAGAAUUUUGAGCUCGAUAGAUCUACUCCAGUUUAAUCAUCGACAAGAGCACUUUUCAAUAAUCAAAAGAAAAAUCUAGUUUUGAUUUUACAGAGCACAAAUAGAAAUUCAUUAACUUACAACCCUUGGUGGCAUCAUUCUGCAUUUGGUUUUCUUUCAGUAUAAUGCACAAAGAUGAUAUACAGUGUACAGACUUUCCUGUUCACACCACUGUUUUGUUGGUUGAUUUGAUGACUUUGAAUAAAAAGAUAUGGUGGAUUACAUUA